AUAAGUAGUGAAAGAUAAGCAUUUUUGAAAGGUGAAAGAAAGAAGCAUUUCAUCAUCUCAUCUCAAUCUCAAUCUCAUCAACGCUGCGAAGAGACAAUGGAACUCACACCUCAGCAACUCAGCCAAUACAACGGCACCGACCCCUCCAAGCCAAUAUACGUGGCGGUGAAGGGUCGCGUCUACGACGUCACCGCCGGGAAAUCCUUCUACGGUCCCGGCGGUGCCUACGCCAUGUUCGCCGGCAAAGAUGCGAGCAGAGCUCUGGCGAAGAUGAGCAAGAACGACGAAGACAUCACUCCCUCCCUCGAUGGCCUCUCUGACAAGGAGAUCGGAGUUCUCAACGAUUGGGAGAACAAGUUUCAAGCUAAGUACCCUGUGGUUGGUCGUGUUCUUAAUUAGCUCCAUUCUAAUCGUGUCUUCGCACUCUCUGUUUCUGUUACUGUGAUGUGAAUCGCCACCCCCAGUCCCUCACCCUAAUAAUAAAACUACAGAAAGGGGAUUUCUGUUUUCUGCAUCUAAUUCGCUCGUCGAAAUGAUAAUAAAAACCCUAAUUAUGAAUUCUUCACUUUUGCCAUUUAGCUAGGUCUUGUUAUCAGCGUU